CAAUUGCAUAUGCACUGGAGAUGCAAACUUUCAAAAUGAAUACGACCUUGGGGUUUUGGAAAUUGGUUUCUCCCCAUGUAGGUUUGACUCCAGUAAGAACUUCUGGAUAGUUUAUAGCAUUUCCUUAGAAUUUGAAAACUUCAUACAGCUUGCUUUCUGCGCUUAACUCUUUCCAGUGCAAUGUAGGCAUCAAAGAUGCAUGAAAUCCGGAUGAAAUUAAGAAGACACGACGCCAGUCCUAUCGUAAUGGCGCGGGGUCGAAAUUUAAUUGCCAUGUCAGCCCUCUCUACAAAACUUAGCUGAAAGUCUUUUGGAAUAUUUGGAAAAAUUAGAUUGCUGUCUAGCACUACCAAUGUAAUCACAAAUGCUAAUUUGGAUGCCCCAGCCGGAUCUAAACACUUUUUGAGCUUAGGCUUCCAUCAAGAGUUCCCAAAGGCAUGCUAUGGUGGUCGUCAUACUGUCGCAAUGCUCCUCGGGGAUGGUGUUGGUCCUGAACUUUUAUCAUACGUUAAAGAAGUAUUCCAAGUCGUUGGGGCACCAAUAGACUUUGAAGAAGUUUUUGUUAAUCAAGAGUCCGAAGAUGCAACGUUUACAGAUGCCCUACUAGCUAUGAAGCGCAACGGUGUGGGAAUCAAAGGAAACUUUGCUACAGAGCCUGGUCAGUCAUCAAGGAAUCUGGCUCUUCGCCUGAAAUUGAAUUUGUAUGCGUUUGUUCAGCGAUGUCACAACUUUCCAGGUGUGCCUACUCGUCAUCAAAAUGUUGAUAUCGUUAUAAUACGUGAAAACACAGAGGGCGAAUACAGUCGUUUAGAGCAUGAAAAUGUCCCUGGAGUGGUUGAAUCCUUGAAAAUUAUAACAAGAGAGAAAUCAACGAGAAUUGCUCAAUUUGCGUUCGAUUAUGCCGUUCGACAUAAUCGAAAAAAAGUUACUGCAGUACACAAGGCAAAUAUCAUGAAGUUGAGUGAUGGUCUUUUCUUAGAAGUAUGCUCUACAAUGGCUAAAAAGUAUCCACAGAUUGAAUUCAAUCAGAUGAUUAUCGAUAAUACGUGUAUGCAGUUAGUCAGUAAACCUCAACAGUUUGAUGUUAUUGUUUUACCAAAUCUAUAUGGGAAUAUAGUUGGUAACGUGGCUGCUGGAUUAGUUGGUGGUGCUGGUCUUACAACAGGCAUUAAUUUAGGCCCACAAAGUGCUCUAUUCGAAAUGGGUACGCGCAAUUCUGGACGUUCAUUGGCUGGAAAAAAUAUCGCCAAUCCGUGUGGUAUGCUGCUUACCUCAGCAGAUAUGUUAGAUUAUUUGGAUCAUACACGAGAAGCUAAAUUAAUUCGCGAUGCAGUCAUCUAUGUUGUUGGUGAACAGAAAAUACGCACAGCUGAUCUGGGAGGUAAUUUUAAAACAAGCAAAGUCAUUGAAGCGGUUUUGAAAAGGUUGAAAAGUCAAAUUGCACUGUGAUAUAUUGGAAAAUAAAAUGCAAAAAACCCCCAACACUUUUGAACUUAGUCUACACGUGUAACUGUACACAACAUUCAAUAUUGUCUUUCCUGUUCACCUUGCUGUUCGUUAUUAUAGAAAUAAUACAUUAAAACACGUAUCGCCAUACUUUUAGGGUAUAUAUAUA